AUGGGGGGGGCGCCUUUCGGAGUCACGUCCGUGAUCCCUCUGGAGCCCUUUGAGCGGGGCUUGGCCCUGAUGGUCUACCACCGACGGUCCCCGUCCACCCCCGCCUUUCCCCCGGGGCCGCCCUCCCACCAAUCCCAUUUUCGAGAACGCUACCCGAAUCGGGCCCCGCCCCCCGCCGACCUCCCUCCCUUCCAGGCCGCCGAUACCUACCUGGCCGUCGGCACGUGCACUGUCCGGGCCAAAGGCGAGGACGUGCCCAGCAAGGGGCGGCUGCUCAUGUACCGGAUCUCGCUCGAUCCGUACGCGGGCCUGACGUCUCCCCCCACCCUCACCCUGGUCGACCAGUAUUCCCAACGUUCGGGUCCCCCCACGGCCAUUGCCCAGCUGGGUCCGCACAUCAUCAUCGCUGCGGGCCCGACCCUCUGGGUGUAUGCCUUCUCGGCCCGGGAGAAACUCAAGCCGAUCGCCUUUUACGACGCAGAUUUUUACGUGGUCUCCUUGCGGGUCGUGAAGACGCUGGUGGCGGUCACGGACGCCUACCAUUCCGUCCACCUCCUUCGCUGGCACGAGCACGAUCCGGCCCACACGCUGGAACUGAUGGGAAAGGACUAUUCACCCAUCGUCUCCGCGCAACCGGGAGGCUCGCACUUUGUCGUCGAUCCACCCUCCCUGGGCAUGCUCGUCGGGGAUUCCCGGGGCAAUCUGCAACUGUUACAGUACGAUCCUGCCGACGUGGAGUCCCGAGGAGGAAACCGGUUGGUACGACGGGCGGACUUCCACCUCUCCCACCGCCUGUCCUUCCUCCAACAUACACGGAUGGCCGAGGUACCUCGCCCCGGUGCUUAUCGAGCCGGAGUCCGAGUCAUGGUGUUCGGGAGCGUGGAGGGAGGAGUCGGGGCGCUGGUGCCGGUGGAGGAAAAAGUCUACCGGCGCUUGUACGCCCUCCAGGCCGUGAUGGUCAAUGCUUUGCCGCACGUGGGGGCCUUCAAUCCCCGAGGUUUCCGGCUGGUGGAGGCGCGUGGAUGGGCGCAAGGCCGGAAAAAAGGGACGCUGGACGGGGAGUUGCUGUGGCGGUUCGCAGGCUUAAGUGUGGGGAAACAGGAGGACUUGGCGAGUGCGAUAGGGACAAGCAGGGAGAUGGUUCUGGAGUCUUUGUUGGAGGUGGAUAUGAUGACGUGGACGCUGUAA